AUGUCUAGUCAAAAUCAUCGUUUACAUUAUAUUCCUGGUGUGUGGUUAGCGAAGGAGACUCUAAAAAAUUUAAAGAAACUACUUAAACCACAUCCAAAAAUAAAAGACGAACCACUAAGUGAAAGCAGUUUUCCUUGUAAGAUUGGCUCAAAAAUAACUGCAGAAGAGUACAAUAAUUUUCUUCAACGUAAAGAAUCUUCUGGGUACAAAUACGAACAUAGAACUAAUGGUGACGUGUAUGUGAUCGAUAUGAGCGACCCAGAACAUAAUGCUGUUGUCGAGUUGCUCCAAGACUAUUUUAACAUUGCAAAUGGCGGAGUCAUUCUUAACAAACCAAUAAGUGUAUCCGGUGAUGGAUUCCAUUUUAAUCCUACUGUAAUGGGACAAUUCAUAGCUUCGGAUGUUAUGGUUAAACCAAAUGGGAAUCAUGUCCAACAACCUAUUGUUCCAUACCCUGGCCCUCCUCCUGGAGAUAAAAAUGGGAAUCCACAUGCUCGAAUUAUUUGUGAAGUAGCCAAUACACAAAGUAUUGGUAACUUGAGAAAUAAAUGCCAAAAUUGGCUAAAUCAAGUUUAUGUAAGAUAUGUACUUGGUAUUAAAUUUCAUGAAAAAAGGACAACGCGGGAUCUGCAAGGACGUUUCUACAGAUCAAUGACAGCGAUGUUAUUUCAGCAAGGAGUACCUGGAUAUUUAACGUGGGAUUUCGGUACUCACCAAUUAGGACAUCCAACAGACAAUGCUCACCUCUCUGGUUGUAAUGCUCCUAAUAUCCCCGCAUUUCAAAUAAUUAUCCCAGUAAAUGCAGUUUUCUGGGACCCGCCGACGAUUCCUGCUGCUGCUGGAUAUGUCCCCAUUGUUCCCCCAACAGUUACUCUUGGUAACUUUACUAUUGACCUAUUUCAAAUUCAACAGGUAGUCUUGAACCAACAAGAAAAUUAA